GGCCUCCGCGCGCAGCGUGGAUCGCGGCCGGAGCCGCCAUUGUUCCGCCGGGGGAGGACAGCGGGUCCUGGCGCUGGCGCCCCGACGCCGCUUAGCGGCCGCCUCUGGAGACACUCUGUCCCCGCCGCCCCGUGUCCUCCUGGUGGCGGCGGCGUGAGGCCGGCUGCGGAGACUGGGAACCUUUGGCUCUCCCCGUGGCGGCGGCGGCCCUCUAUCCCCUACUCCGGCGUGAGGGUUGGCCGCGAUGCGCUCGGCCUGAGGUGUCGCGGCCCUGUCGCCUCCCACGACUGUUCCAGCGGCGGCUCCGCUCCCCGGCGUCAUCCCGCGAGUCUCUCUGACGGGAGGGAAGAUGGCUGCACGAAGCUGGCAGGACGAGCUGGCCCAGCAGGCCGAGGAGGGCUCUGCCCGGCUGCGGGAGUUGCUCUCGGUCGGCCUAGGUUUUCUGCGCACGGAGUUGGGCCUCGACCUGGGGCUAGAGCCGAAGCGGUACCCGGGCUGGGUGAUCCUGGUGGGCACCGGCGCUCUCGGGCUGCUCCUGCUCUUCCUUCUAGGUUACGGCUGGGCCGCGGCUUGCGCCGGCGCCCGCAAGAAGCGAAGGAGCCCGCCCCGCAAACGGGAGGAGGCGGCCCCGCCGACUCCGGCCCCCGACGACCUAGCCCAGCUGAAGAAUCUCAGAAGCGAGGAGCAAAAGAAGAAGAACCGGAAGAAGCUUCCUGAAAAGCCCAAACCAAAUGGACGGACUGUUGAAGUACCCGAGGAUGAAGUUGUUAGAAAUCCCCGAAGUAUAACUGCAAAACAAGCACCAGAGACAGACAAGAAAAAUGAAAAGUCAAAGAAAAAUAAGAAGAAAUCAAAGUCAGAUGCUAAAGCAGUGCAAAACAGUUCACGCCAUGAUGGAAAGGAAGUUGAUGAAGGAGCCUGGGAAACUAAAAUUAGUCACAGAGAGAAACGACAACAGCGUAAACGUGAUAAAGUGCUGACUGAUUCUGGUUCAUUGGAUUCAACUAUCCCUGGGAUAGAAAAUAUCAUCACAGUUACCACCGAGCAACUUACAACUGCAUCAUUUCCUGUUGGUUCCAAGAAGAAUAAAGUGGAUAAAACAUUGAUUAAAUGGAAUAUUUAUCACCAUUCUGCAUGUUGGGCACUUUCAUUCCAAGAUGAAACAAGCAUGUUCUGGUGAUUCUCAUCUAAAUGUUCAAGUUAGCAACUUUAAGUCUGGAAAAGGAGAUUCUACACUGCAGGUUUCUUCAAGGCUGAAUGAAAAUCUUACUGUCAAUGGAGGAGGCUGGAGUGAAAAGUCUGUAAAACUCUCCUCACAAUUGAGUGAGGAGAAGUGGAACUCUGUCCCACCUGCUUCUGCAGGCAAGAGGAAAACAGAGCCAUCGGCUUGGACUCAAGACACUGGUGACACUAAUGCAAAUGGGAAAGACUGGGGAAGGAAUUGGAGUGAUCGCUCAAUAUUUUCUGGCAUUGCUGCUUGGUCUAGUGUGGCUAGGGGGAUGAGUGCCUCUCAACAGAACUCUGCUUCUUUUGCAUCUCUCACACUUAACUCUGCUGUCUCUGGAUCUACUGCUGAGCCAGUUUCUCAGUCUACCACUUCUGAUUAUCAGUGGGAUGUUAGCCGUAAUCAACCUUAUAUCGAUGAUGAAUGGUCUGGGUUAAAUGGUUUGUCUUCUGCUGACCCUAGCUCAGACUGGAAUGCACCAGCAGAGGAGUGGGGGAACUGGGUAGAUGAAGAUAGAGCUUCACUUCUGAAGUCCCAGGAACCAAUUUCUAAUGAUCAAAAGGUUUCAGAUGAUGAUAAAGAAAAAGGGGAGGGAGCUCUUCCAACUGGAAAAUCUAAAAAGAAAAAGAAGAAAAAGAAGAAGCAAGGGGAAGAUAACUCUCACACACAGGACACAGAAGACCUAGAAAAGGACACUAGAGAAGAGCUUCCAGUGAAUACCUCAAAAGCCCGACCAAAACAGGAGAAAGCUUGUUCCCUGAAGACCAUGAGCACUAGUGACCCAGCUGAAGUACUCAUCAAAAAUAGCCAGCCUGUCAAGACUCUUCCUCCUGCUAUCUCUGCCGAGCCAUCUAUUACCUUAUCAAAAGGUGACUCUGACAACAGCUCUUCCCAAGUGCCACCGAUGUUACAAGACACAGACAAGCCCAAGUCAAAUGCUAAGCAAAACAGUGUGCCUCCCUCACAGACCAAGUCUGAAACUAACUGGGAAUCUCCAAAACAAAUAAAAAAGAAGAAAAAGGCCAGACGGGAAACGUGAAUUUUUUUUUCCUGAAUUGGACAUGUGUUUACAAACACUGUCUUGAAGAUUAUGCUGUUUAUGCAAUAAUUUGUGAACAUGUACAGAGUUUUAUAUAAAUUUAAACCAAUUUUUAAAACAAAACUGAACACAACCACCAUAAAAUGGAAUCAAAGGAAAGUUAAUUUAUGAAAUAAAGAGGUCAACAGAAUACACAGUGCUGGAAGACACUUGGGAGAGUCUUUUCAAUUGAACGAGAAUGAUCGUAAUUUAAGACUAUUAUCCUGGUUUUACAACAGUUACCUGUUUACAACAGACUGUGCCCUGUCUCCUCUGCAGCUGAGGAAUAAUGAAUGGAUUCUGAUUAGAGAGAAGGCUGCCGUGAGGCCAGUAGGCAAGUCCUUGGAUCUUAUGCACGACCUUAGACCAUUUGAAUCUGUUUUAUGCUUAAAUCAAAGUGCUUUGAUCAAAUGUAUAAUCUGCCAUAUCUUUACAUAUUUGUUGUAGCAGUUUGUAUUAAAAGAAUCACAAGUGCAAAUUAAAAGGUCAUUUAUCAUUUAUUUAACUAAACUGUCUUGGUUUAGUUUACAGUUCUUUAAAAGUUCUAAAUUAAAACAUUAAAAAAUGCAAUUGACAGACACUUGUAUGACUUACAAAGUUAUUUUUGAUAGUCUUAACAUUACUUGAAUUAUUCAAAAUAACAGUAUAUUUUAAAUUAAGAAAGGUAAAUAUAUUAUUUGUUUGAUACAUUAAGACUGAGACUAACAAUGCUCUUGUUUAUGAUUUGAAAAGUUUUCAGGCAAAUCCAACUUAGUGUUUUUCCUUUCCCUAGCAAUUUUCCAGUGUCAACUCUUAGUUGCUAGUAAUUUUUUUACCUUAAAAAUGAAGUAAUUCGCAACUUUUGAGCAUAUGACGGAGAAUGCAAAAGUAGUCAGACAGCUUUAAUUGAUAUUGUGGAGACCUCCGGUUAUCAGGAAUACAUUUUUUUACUGCCUUAACCUCCUGUAGUGAGUAGAAUAUGCAUCAGUUUCUUGAAGGGGAUUCGUGUUUUUAUAAGAAUUUUCAUGUAACUAUUGCAAUUGUGGUUAAAAACAGAAAGGAACAUUUUCUGCUUGAAACUGUGUUGAUUUGAAUGACGUAUGAUCUGUCACCAUUUUCAGGCACUGUGUGAUCCCUAGGAAAGUGGCAGGCCUCUCUGUAACUGUUAAUAGUGCAUGCUCGGCCAUGUACACUGUAAAUAGCCUUUACCAAACGUGUUUGACAAGGACCAUAAUUAACAUCACUUUAGUAAAUUGUGAUUUUUUUAAAAAAAGCCAUGAUUUAUUGAUGUGAGUGGCUUGUUUUCAUGUGGCGCCAGAAAUGAACCUGUUUAAAAGCUAUAACCAAUGGUACUGAUCUAUCCAUUAAAUACUGUCCUUAAACUGUAGUUUAAUAGUAUUGUCAACUAGGAAAGCUAAAAUGGUUUUUGUUCUGUUGAAGACUGGCCUUAUUAAUGGACAGCUUUCCUCAGAAGUGAUUAACAACUUUUUUAUUGGGUGUUAACAUCUGUUUCAAGAACAUGGCAGUAUGUUUACAUGUCGUCAGAAGUUUUCUUUGAAUGGAAUUUCUAAAUUAAUUUACUUGUUUAAAUAAAUUCAGAACUGGGUAGCAUUGUUUUUAUUUGCUUCACUAUUGAGGUGAAUAAGAGCUGAUGUGCCACAAAUGGAGCCUUCAGAUGGCUGCUUUGAGCUUCGUGUUCCCUCAGGGGAUGCCAAGAUAUGUCUCAAGGAGAGAUUAAUGAGGGGUUUGUAAUUACAGAGUGUGCCAAGGUCAGUGCUCACAAGUUUAAUUGAACUCUCUCAACUCUACCUCACUGUUCCUUUUCCUUAUAAUUCUCUGGGCUAGGUCAAAUCAGAAACUUUAUUUUUCGGUUCAGUAUCUCCCGAUUCAAUCACUUGUAGGAGGUGGUAACUACACUUAGCAGUAAGAAUAUCACCUUUUUGAAGAGAUGUGUAUUAUGGGAGUGGAAGCACAGCGAUACACUGGGUAGGUCAGUGUGGAAGUCGCCUCUGUGCCUUCCUUCUCGCUGGCUUGUGAGCCAGGCCCCCCUCCCCCCCAACCCCCACGCCGGUAGAAGGAGGCAGGUAUAUGAGUCAAAAUCCAGUUCUCUUAAAAUCGUUGCUCUUUACCUCUCUAUAGAUCUUUGUGUGGCAGGGCAGUGAUUUUUUUUUUUUUUUUUUUGUCACUGAACAGAGGAACUGGCUUCUGUCAUCAACUCAGAAAACUCUGAUGCCACCUGUUUCCCUGAAAUAGGCUCUCUGAAAAGCCUUUCUGUUGUGGAGCAGGGCGUGGCCAUGUCAGAGUUCUCCAACUGCAUUAUACCUAUACCCUAAAUUGAGAAACAAACAGUUGAGAGAGUCCAAAAAUAAAAGUUGAAAUAUCAUUGAUGUAAUUACCAUGUUUCAUUUGUGCAUGCAUUUUAUUGGGGAUGGGAGGUUGGAAUAAUUUAUCCAAAUCUAAUGGUAUUAUUUCAUAGGCUAAUCCAGUUUGUAUUUGAGUUAAAGAUCCCAGAGUGUAGUAAUUAAUUGCAGCGUUUGGUUUUUCUUAAUUAAAAGUAGUCCUCUAUUAAUAUAGUGUGAAAUAUCAAAAUUUAGGAUUUAAGUUUAAGGUCUAAUGGCUAUUUUAAAGUUUUUCUGUAAAUUCUUUGCACAAACUAGAAUUGGAAUUGCUUUCAAAAGACUUGGGGAAUGAAAAUAUGUCAUGUGUAAGAUGCACUGAGUGUUGUAAAUAAAACAGACCAUUUUUGUUUUGUUUAAA